AUACCAUUCGCUGAUGAAGAAUUCACAAUCAGCCAUAUCAUAGGUGGCGAGUAUGAGAGUAGUCUGCUCUUAGUUUCAAAUUCUCGUUCAGGGUGUACAAAUCGUAAAAGCAAAUUAUACGCAAAUUCGUUUACAAAAAUCGACAAGCACAGAGCAACACGGAUCCAACCAAACAGCAGCUAAACCAAAGUGUAUGCUCAAGUCGACGACAGCACGUGCAAAAUCUAUUUCAAAUAGAAAUCUCUUCAAAUCUUAAAAUAUUCGGAUCAGCUGUGCAGUGCAUUUGCUGAGUUCGUUUGACUCAUAUUUCUACAAAUAAAAGUGUGUCAAAUCACCCAAGUGAAGUGAAAAAAGUUCGCAGGAGCCAUAACAAAAGCUAAAUAUCAAAUACCAUAUAUAUUCCAUUAUUAAUUUAAUGCUCUCUAAAUUGUUUUAAUAUCGUGUGUGAUAUUGAACAUAAUCUUAAACUAGCAAAAGCACUCAACACUCGUCGAAUUUAAACAAUACCACUAAAAUUUUUAAUAUAAAUUUGAAACGUAUCAAUGGCAUCACCGGCCUGUGAACAUCGCUACAAGGACUUCAUUUACAUAAAAAAUUAAAUUUUGUUUCCGUGCCGUUUUAAAGCAAAGCAAACCUCUCAAUUCAUAUUGAGAGAAUUUUUUUAAGUAAAGUAUAUGAAAAAGUGAUCAAUUUGUUUUGCGAUAGACGCACUAUAAUCUGCAUUUUAUUAAAAAAAAUCUGUAAUUUCAUCGCGAUAUUUUCCGUAUGAAGUUAUAAAAAAAGUGAUUCAUCUUUUGCGAUAGACGCGAUUCAAUCUAACAUUUUUGUAAAAAAUAAUCUCAAAUUUCAUCGUGCUAUUUUCUGUGUGGAAGUCUAUUCUCAAACCCACUUUAAAAAAAAAAAUUCUUCGUUAAAAAGCAGCAUACUUUUCGGCAGUAAAUAUUUCAUACGCGCCUACCAACGCACACAAGAACAUUACAAAUUGCACUUGCGACAACCAGCCCAAAAGUUAUCAAAAAACUAACUUUCUGAAUAAAUCUCACAGCACAGAGUUCCGCUACUACUACUACUACUAUUUACUCCUAUAUUAGUGCUAUGCACCCUUCGCUUUUGGUGGCGCAAUUAAAAAAACAACACCAUACCUGGCAGCGCGUCUAUCGCGCCUUCAUUCUUAUGUGUGCGUACUAUUGGCAUCGUUCCAAAAUAGGCAAUUGCAGUAGCAUUAAAGGCACCGGCGGCGAGACGUACACGCCUACUCAUACACCCACGAAUACGCCUAUGCGACAUUUUAUGUUAAACAUUGAAAAAUAUUUGCUAAAGCGUAAAAAUAUUUUGCGUAUGAACAUUUGUUGGUGUAAUUUAGCUAUAAUCAUUCACAAGCUAAAUACAAUAAACAAGUUUAAGUUUAACAAGUUUAGUAAGAAGAAGAACUUUCGAAUGGUGCACGGUGUAAUGGGUAUGUCUGUGACGUCAUCGCUGAUGCGGCAUUGCAUCGGGAUGCUCGUCUGAAGGGAAACUGCAUCUAAGGCUCUAUUCAGAGACCGUCUAGAGGUUCCCCUACAAUUUCUUUGUUCCUUUACAACAGUGAAUUAAAACCCUGUUCAAAAUGGCAUCAUUCAACGCAAUCCAGACUUGCCAAUCAAGGCCCACAAGCGAAUCAAACAACAAGAACAUUUAUACAACCGA